AUGCAGAUGGUCCAGGACAAGGAGGCCGAGUCGAUCGUGAAGUCGCAGAUGACCGAGCGCGUCGAGAGGAGCGCCCACGUGCCGCAGGUGAGGGCGGACGCGCCACCGACACAGCAUGUCGAAACGCGCUUUCUGAUGCCGAAGGCCCAGAAGGUGGAGGUGCCGAACUUAGCGCGCGUGGAGGAGCCCGACCACGAGUCGCUGGUCGUGACCCAGGCGGCCGAGGAGAUUGUAGAGGUGGCGCAGGGCAAGCUCGAUGGCAUCGCGGCGAAGCGGGGCGAAGCGCAGGUGGACGUGCCGAGCCUCCUGGAGCAGAUGGGGCGGGCGGCCGCCGAGGUCUAUGAGGCGAAGUUCGACAGGGCGCUCAAGUGCACCCUCGGCUGGAAGGUCAACUGCCCGUUCGCUGGGAAGGCCGCGUUCGAGGGCAAGUGA